AUAUUUAGACAUAUAAACAACAAAAUGACUUACAAGUGGAUAAAGAAACAGAGAAAAUGCCUCAAAUAUGGUAUGGGUGUGAUUUGCUUUCAUAUUGCAAUUUUGUUUUACAUUGGCGGAUGUUUAUUUACCAUAGAUAAUUAACAGGGAAAUUAUAUUUAUAGUAUUUUAAUUGUAUUUACAUUUAAAAGAAAUAAAAAUCCGUUGAAUGUGUGACGUAACAUUCAAAGCGGAUUCCUAUUGGUCCAACGCAGUUAGGCUAGCCUCGUCGUCGUGGAGAACUCCUGCGCAUCCUCGCUAGUCCACCGACGCGUCACUGCGCAUUCAACAUGGACCCAACGAUGAACCGGUAGAGUCUGACGCCUCAUACGAGUCAUGUUUAUAUUCGCCAAUUACGAGCCUUCAUCUUUCGGAAGAAAACGCUCCGGUUACCCGGGGUAAAUCUACAAUGUACCGCGUUCUAAAUCAGAGCACCGUCCUUGGAUAAGUGCUUAAUGAGAUUACGGUCAUGGCUGGAUUGAUCAAGAAACAGAUCCUGAAACAUCUCUCCAGGUUUGCUAAGAACCUCUCCCCAGAUAAGAUUAAUCUGAGCACUCUGAAAGGGGAGGGCCAGCUUACCAACCUGGAGCUGGAUGAGGAGGUUUUGCAGAAUAUGCUGGAUCUGCCCACCUGGCUCGCCAUUAAUAAAGUGUGCUGCAACAAAGCUGCCAUCCGGAUCCCAUGGACCAAACUGAAGACUCAUCCGAUCUCUUUGUCUUUGGAUAAAGUUGUCAUGGAGAUGAGCACCUGUGACGAACCUCGCCCUCCCAACGGCCCAUCACCCAUAGCAACAGCCUCGGGUCAAAGUGAAUAUGGUUUUGCGGAGAAGGUAGUGGAGGGCAUCUCUCUCUCUAUCAACUCCAUAGUAAUUCGGAUCAGCGCCAAAGCCUUCAAUGCCUCCUUUGAGCUCUCGCAGCUCCAGGUCAACAGCGUUAACACCAGCUGGGCCGCCAGCAACCUCCGAUACACACGCAUCUUGGACCCCACACGUGGAGAGAUCCUUACCUUUAAGGAAGUGAGCUGGCAGAUGAUCAGGAUAGAAGCAGACGCCAUCCAGAGCGCAGAGCACGAGGUCGUCAGCGCCCCCAUACGCCUCAUCACCAACCAAUCAAAGAUCAGAGUCACUUUAAAGAGAAGGAUGAAGGACUGCAACGUAGUGGCGUCUAAGCUGAUUCUGAUCCUGGACGAUCUGCUGUGGGUUCUGACGGACUCUCAGCUCAAGGCCAUGGUGCAGUACGCCAAGUCUCUCAGUGAAGCUAUGGAAAAAUCAGCAGCACAGAGGAAAAGCAUGGCCCCUGACACUGCACAGGUAACGCCAGCACCCCCCUCGGCCCAGCAGGUGCGCACACAGCAGGCUUCAGCCGCGGCAGAUCAGAGCGCCUCCAUGGCACGGCUCUUCAACUCUUAUGAUGUUCGCGAGACAUCACACCACCUCCAAAUCACACACCUGGACCUGCACAUCUGCGACGACACCAAUGCCAAGGACAGAGGAAUUAAUAAGAGAUUAGAUGGUGGUGCCAUGCAGUUGUCCUUCAGUAAUAUAACCGUAGACUACUACCCCUACCACAAAGCAGGUGACGGCUGUCUGCAUUGGAUACAUUAUGGAGAGGCCACAAAGUCCCGUGAGACCUGGGCCCGUUCUCUUCUGGAAGAGUUUAAGUCCAAUGUGGACAUGCUUAAAAAUGCAGUCAGCGGCCAGUCCCAAAGUUCCCCCCAGCAUGGUAAGAUCUCCACAAGCUCCAGUAGUUCCUUCUCUCCCCCACCUACGCCCAGAAACCAGCUUAUGUCCAGCUCAAUUGUGCUGCGGAUGGCAGAUUUCAGCAUCUAUCAGGUGUCUACAGCAGACCAGUCACGCUCCAGUCCUCAAAGCAUGAUCUCCUGCAAUAAGAAAUCCCUCUAUCUACCCCAAGAGAUGCCUGCUAUCCAUGCAGAGUUCACGGAGUACUACUUCCCUGAUGGCAAAGACUAUCCCAUCCCUUGUCCUAACCUGUACGUGCAGUUGAACGCUCUGCAGCUGGUACUUGACUCUCGCAGUCUGGUUUGGCUCAAUCUGUUUGCACUGGACCUUCGUCAGAGUCUUGAACAGUUUAUGGAGCUGUACAAACUCAAUGACUCCCAGAAACCUGACGAGCAUGUAGAUAUCAGAGUGGAUGGACUCAUGCUGAAGCUUGUGAUCCCUGCAGACCAGGAGAAGACUGACCAGCCUUGCUCUGUGUCAGUGCAGACCUCCGAGAUGGUGGCCACGAACACACGUCACUCUUCCGGUUGCUCUCGGUCCAGUCUGGAGGCUCUCCUGCAGGCAUUCCAGGAGCAACCCUUCUUCACCUCCCUCUCUUCCUCCUUUCCUCAUGCCCAAAACUCAUUCUCUGUGCUGCAUUCCGUCUUCCUGCGCCACGCUCAUGAGCAAGACACAUGCCUUCAUGAUGUGUACAGGGGCCUCACCCCACCCUCUCUCUCCACCAAUGCCCUCAAAACAGCGGCAGCCACCGACCUGUGGGCCAUGCACUUUUCCCAGUUCUGGGUGGACUAUGAAGGUUCACGCAGUGGUCGAGGUCGUCCGACUCCCUGCGUGGACUCCUUCCCUCUCACUCUUUGGGUGUGCCACCCUGCCCGAUACACUCAACACCAUGAGAGACUAAAAGCGGGGUUAGGGUCAGGGCUGUUGCCACGGAGCGAGUCAGCAGAGAUAGCAAAUCGUCUGCAGAGGAAGAAGCUUCUUAAGGAGUACUACAGCACGGAUGCAUCGCCCAACAACACCCCGAGCAAUGGCCUCCAUGAACCACUAUCUCUUGAUGGCUUACGUAGCCACUCAUCCUCCUCUCUUUCCCUUGCCUCUUCCUAUUCUUCGGCAAAUGAAGUAGACUUGCAGGUGCUGGUACACAUCCAGAAGCACCUGAGCGUUCAAGUGAGCCAUGGGCAGUAUGUGUUCUUGCUCAAACUGCAACAUGCUGUAAAAACACUGCAGUGCACUUUGCAGCAAGAUCUGGAGCAGUAUGGUUCCAAGCUCCAGGGCCCCACCCAGCCUUUCAGCGCCUGCGUUGGCUUGCUUAUGAAAAGCGCAGAAGUUGCCCUUAUUCUAAAACCCAUUCCCCAACCGGACUCUAGUGCAAGCCCCAUAAAUUCUGACCUGUCUCCCUCAGAGAGCAGAGCCACUCUUGAGGCAGGUAGUGAAGGGGGUGAAGUGCCAGAGAGACCCUCAGCUGCAGGGGAGGGAGCUCAGUCAACAGGCUCUGUGGAUCAGCUCUUUUGUGUAGGUACAGAGUCAAGUACACAUGGUAUGAACGCAUCUCCCCUUCUCCCUUCCUCAUCCACCUCUUCUGCCCUGAGGAAGGGGUCUACAGAUGAGAGGAGUGGCGUGGUUGCCGUAUUGAGUGUAACGUCUGAAGAGAAGAGGGGUGUGAGAGAAGGAUCUCCUGAUGGGGAUGGAAGCAGAACUGAAGCCAAAGUGCAACAUUGUGAACCCUCACAACACUCACAAGGUGUGGUAGUGGAUCCCCUCUCCGACACUUCCUCCAGAGAUUGGAACGAUAAGAGUCAGGGAGGAAGACUGCCUCAGUCCAUGUCCAGUGGUCGGUUGAUGCAUGGCAAGUCUCAGUCAAGUUUCUCAGUGUCCUAUAAGACCAUAAAGAAAAGCCCCUCACUACAGUCUCUGGACGACCUCUCUAUAGACAGCUACUCACUGGAAGACUGUGACACCUACAGCCUGCUGGAGAGAGAUGAUGUGUCGAUCUCUGGUUUUAAGGCUGUGAGUGAACAGAAUUUCACAGAAGGGGCAGCUGUGACUCUGGCUCAGGAAGCAGAUGAGGCCCAGUCACCUGACGUGAUCAGCGCUGCUUCCCAGAGCAUCGACGAGCCCACAAAAGACCUUGUAUCAGUUCUGGUUAUGAAGGUUCACUCCAUCUGUUGCUCUCUGGAUCUGAAGGGUGAUGACACAGCAGUAGCUCUGGAGGUGGGAAGCAUCCGACCCAAUCAGCUUGGCAAUGUCAGUUUGCGGCAGUAUCUUAGCAACCGCAGCCUGGCUUUAGUGUCCUCAGCCUCAGUCACUCAGUGUGGUGAAGGUUCUGGGUCUGGGUCGGACCCCAGCACGGUGCUGUUAAAUCCAGAGGUGCGGGUGAGACUGGAGAGCGGUCCAGGGGCUGCGGUUCACUCUCCGCUCGCUAAACAAAACGGCUUUCUGCAGUGCCACCUACAGGCCUUCAAUGCUGACUUCCUUAUGACAACACUACAAAACCUCGCCAUCUUCCUGGAGGAUGACUCCGCCUCCCAUGUUCUGCCUAUGGAGAUCACAAUCAAAGAUACACACGUGAACUUGAAGGAUAAUGAUCCCCGUGAUAAUGCAUCAGAGCCGGAGGCCACGCCCAUCACCCUGCAUAUUUACAAUCUGCUCAUCCAUCGUCAAGACGAUGGCUCGUUCAGCAUUGGAGCUGAACGCGCUGUGGACUCAAAGCUUCAGAAAGCGGGGCCUGUGAAUGACAGCAGGCUCAGUUCUGUCCCUGAACUUCCUGGGGGUGUGGCCAGUGAGCCGAAAGCCACUCAGACUGCACCUCUGUCACCCACAAGCCCCACCCCCUCUAGUCGAGAACAGCUGCUAAUGGAAGAGAAUGAAUGCUUGAAACUGGAGCUCUCCAAAGCCAAGAUGGCGCUAGCUGAAGCCCAGAUGGAGAAAGACUCUCUCCAGCAUCAAAUGAAGACACUUAAACUCACCAGCCAGGGCAACAACAGCUAGUGGCAGCAUAUGUGUGUGUGCAUACAGAGCUGACACUUCCCACAAGGGGGCGGCAGAGUGCUUGGAGGGGCCCAGCACCAUUAAAAAGCCCAACACUGCAGCCCUGGAUGUAGCUUGGGAAAGGAUGGUGUGCGCUCUCACCAGACUCUGGAUGCAACUUUGCAAUCAGUGGCAUCUGCUUUAAAGAACCGUGUUCUUUACGAUUGUGUACACACAAUACUUAAGUUUCAGAAAUAAAUCCAGUGAAAAUUCUCUUUGAAAAGCCAGCGGAAUUUUAUAGCUUUCCACUAAUUAGAUGCUUGUAAGCUCACUUGUAGGUUACCAUAUAUAAUUUUUCUCUCUUGUUUUUACUAUUUAUUUCACUGUUUGUCAGUUUGGCAUCUGUUGGCAUGGGCCACUCAUUCAGCCCCCUAAGAUAUCAACACUCUCUCUCUCUCUCUCACUCUCUCUCCCCAAUCAUAAGCAGGUUAGGAGCACAUGCCACCCUUGACCUCUAACCCCAAGACAGUCUUAAUUAGAGUCAGGGUGUGUGACACUGAAUGUCAUAACUUUGGAGGAAUGUCUUAAAAAACAUUGAUUUGCACUUUUUUGAACUCAUUUAACAAGAACUUAAAAGAAGUUAUUUAGUUCUUAAUAAAUUUGUCCGUAUGUAUAAUAAUUGUGAUACACAAGAAGUUUGUGUGAUUGAAUUUGGUUUAAGAGGGUACAUUUUUGCAUCUCAUUCUUACAUUAGUGUCUCAAAAAUGGGAAAGUCUUUUCGUAAUUAUUUAUGUUCAUGAAGACACACUACAGGACUGUGCCGUGGCAUUGCACAAGUUGAUUUUGUCGUACUGUAUGGAAAAGAUGUGUUGAGGUUUGUAUUUUGAGUUCAGUAUUUUGAGACUAAACACGGCGCACCUUUCCACCUUUGUCUUUGUUUCUAAAUGAAUAUUUGCACUGCGUCAAUCAAAUGAGAUCAGUUAUUAAUGUUGCAGGUGAUUUUGUUGUUGCAAUCUCACUCAGUUUAAAUAUGGGAUGUGUAACUGUUGCUCGUCACAUUGUUGAUCUGAUUACCAGCAUUUCUGCACAAAAUCAAAACCACAGAGAUGGAUGUUGGGAAAAAUCAUGCUCUGAUCUUCAGAAGAGAUGCAUGGUUUGAAAUCACUCAUUUAAUUUUUGUUACUAGCUUGUUAUAGUUAUGCUUUAAGAGAAAAGGGCCUCCUUUUGUAUUAUGAAAUGGCGCCACUGUAAGAUGGCAAAAAUGUUCAAAUGUUUCUUGGUUUUAAUCGUAACUUCUCUUUCUUACUACUUCCCAUGUUUAUUUUUUGUUUUUAUUUUUUGUUUUUGGUUACUCGCUUUGUUUCUCUCUGUAUAGCAGCCUCAACAAGUGCCUAUGACUGCGCACCUUCUCCAGAGGUUCUGCUCAUUUUUUUCUUCACCUUUUUUCAGAUUUUGUUCUCUGAAUGAAUGUUUUAAUGCGCUUCAUAUCUCAAGCUUCCGUCUGGAGAAUAUUUCUUAGAUCAGUGGUUCCCAGUCCUGUUCCUGGAGGCCCCCCCAACACCACACAUUUUGGAUAUAUCCCAAAUCAAACACACCUGAUUCAACUCAUCAGCUCAUUAGUGGAGACUCCAAGACCUGAGUUGGGUGUAUCAGAAAAGGGAGAUAUAUAAAAUAUGCAGUGUUGGGGGGCCUCCAGGAACAGGCUUGGGAACCACUGUCUUAGAUGUUUGGACAUAAAAAUGUAGAGCUGGAUGACAAACACCUGAUUGUAGACAAAGUAAAGUGAAACCAGACUCUUUUUUUUUUUUUUCUGUAGUACUAGGCCACACCCCCAACGCCACCUUAGAAACAUACCAAUAUGUAAUAGACACGCCCCCCUUAGAGUUGGUGGUCCAUCUCUUUAGCACAAAUGAUGAACAAUGAAGCUCAGUCAAGCAAUCUUGUGAAAUUAUGAUAUCUUGUGUCUGUCAGAAGCUGCUAAAGUACUAAGAUAUCUGAAAUAAAAAGCUGAAAUUAAAUAUGGAGAUGAGAGUAAUUAAUGAGUGUCAACAGAGGCCCCCUUUUUUUUUUUUUUUUUUUUUUUGGAGUUGUUGGAGUUACACCGAAUGUGCAAGAACCAGUGAGGUUUGAUGUUAUUGACGUAGUCGCCAUUUAAUUUGUGCUCUGUAUUAUUAUUAACAGACCAAAAGUUAUUUAUUUAUAAAUCAAAUCAAAUCAUUGAUCAGCUCCCGAUUUCAAAGUAUUUGUAUGCCUUCAUAAGACUUUAAAUAAGACAAACAAGUCCCAUGGACUACUUUUGUGACACAUUUUAGUCCUUUUUAAGCUUUCAAGUGAGUCACUAUUAACUGAUAUUUUACUGAAAUCAUUGAACGGACAUCCUUUAAAAUAUCUCCUUAUAAUAAUUAUAAUAUCAUAUGGGUUUGGAACAACAUGAGAGUAAGUAAAUAAUGACUGAAUUUUCAUGUUUGGGAGAACUAUACUUACAAAUCCAUUCCACAGGCCCUGCCCCCCAAAAUCAGUGAUGAAAAUGCAGUGUGAAAAAAAGGAAGUCUGUCUGGAUCUAUUUAUAUGUACACUCAAAAAAUAUAUUUUAGACAAUUUUUAAGAUUUAUGCAUUUUAUCUAUGUAAAAAAAAACUUUUCAAAUUAAAUUGUGUAAUAUUUAACUAAAUUAAAAUGUAAAAAAAGUUAUUUUAUUAAAGAUUACUAUUCGAUUUGAUGGAAUUUUGUUAUUAAAUUAAAUGUUAAUGUGUGUGUGUGUAUAUAUAUAUAUAUAUAUACUUUAUUUUUUUUUUAUUUUUUUUUUUGUGUGUGUGUGUUUUUAAACAUGACUUGCAUAACCAGUAUCAUGUAACUAGAAUAAUCCUUUAUAGUUAGUUUAUUUCUUUGGAUAAAUUUGCAGUGACAUAUCAAUGGUUACAGAAUGGCAGCUAGAUUAUUUGCCUUGCUUUUACUGUCACAGUUUUUUUUACUUGUUUUCCACAUCAACUUGUGAUGGUUUUCCACAUCAACUUUUUGUGGUGGAUAAAUCACUUGCUAGAGGUACUUAAAAGGUCACUUUUCCCCUGGGCUUCCAAAAAAGGUUACACUCUCUCUCUCUCUCUCUCUCUCUCUCUCUCUCUCUCAAAUUCAAAUAGCUUUAUUGGCAUGACAUACAAAAGUACAUAUUGCCAAAGCAAACUUCACCUGCUGUACAGUGGCAAAAUAUUCACUCCUUUAGGUCAUCUUGUCUUUUUAUGCCUUCCUGUUUCAAUGGCCAGUUGGUGGUCACUUAGUCUGUAUUUGGUUAAUAGUUGUCUAUGUUUGGUAUUUCUGACCAAGAACAGAUAUUCAGCAAGUCUAUACCCUUUGUUGAUUUGAAGGUAAGGUAGUAGACGACUUUGGGUUUUUGUUUAUUCAUUCCAACGUUCAAUGUAUGUAUCAGUUUCAAGAUACAUUAUUUCUUUUAUUCUUAUAUGUUGUUGUGUGGCAUUGAUUUGGGGAGCUUUGUUUGUGAGUUCUGACACUAGCAGGCAGAGAGGACUUUUCUGUGGAUUCAGUUCUUGUAUUGUCAGUGCUUUAUAAUGAAGUGCAUCUUUAGCACUGGAAUUUAAGUGAAUACAAAAUUUUAACACUCCUUUUGUAAUAGGUAAGUUGAGAGGUAGACGGCCUAGUUCUGCUCUACAUGCAUUGUUAGGAGUAUUUCAGUGGACAUGAAGGACACCUUUGCAGAACUCUACAUGAACACCUUCUAUAGGAUGUUUGACCCAAGCGUUAUGGCUGUAAUUGCUUAGUGUGAACCAGAUCUCACUUCCAUAUAAGGCAAUGGGUAGUAUGACAGUAUCAAAUAUCUUUGUCCAAAUUCUGAUUGGAAUGGUUAUUUUUUUAUGGUAUGCAUUGCCCUAAUGUUUUAAUUGCCAAAUAAAAAUGUCCAGAGGGGGUUAAAACAAGGCCAAGGUAAGUAUAUUGUAAUGUGUGUUGAAGUAUUGUAUUGUUUAGAGUAAUUGUGCAUUUUUGUUCCAGAUUCCUUUUUAAAAAAAUUUUUUUUUUUUUUUUUUUUUAAGAAAUAUCAUCAUUUUAGUUUUUUGAAUAGUAAUUUCUAGGGCACAAUCUUGCAAGAACUGAUUCAGGAUGUCCAGGUUGUUUUGGAGACCAUCUGGUGUUUUAGAGUUAGAAUUAACAAGUCAUCAGCGUACAAUAAAUAUUUGACUUCAGUGUCCUGUAGUCCUAGUCCUGGACUCACAGAUUGGUCCAGCAGGUCUGCUAAUUCAUUCAUAUAAAUAUUAACUCACUCUCUCUCUCUUCCUCACUUCUCUCUCUCUUUUGGUCAGAUAUGAUGCCAGUUUAUAUUCUGUCUUAAUUUUUUGGAAAUAGGUUCAUUUGUUUAUUUCUUUGAGUUUUCUUUGCCAAUGAUGAAUAUAUGCUUCUUGGGUUGUGUUUUGUAUUUGCAUAAGUUUUGCCUGCCCGAAUUGAAUUGAUGAAUUUAGCUGGUGUUUGUCCACUAAAUACUGUAAAGUGUCACUCUCUGGGUGUACUACUCUGUGUAUAAAAGCACAGUGAUGGUGAUUUUCUAGGGAAGAGCCUGACAGGUGGAACCAGAAUUUACUGGCUCUCUUUUGAAUGUCAGUAAAUAGAGGGAAUCUGCCCAGCUCUAACCACAUCCUCCACAGUUUUAGCAAUAAAUGUGUCGAGUUAAUAUGCGUUGUUAAUACAAAUUGUAUACCCUUUCUUAUAUGCUGAAAUUAGAACUUUCCUGACCCCAGACUUAUAAAAAAAAAACAUAAAAAAAAAACAUCUUUUAUAUGUUACAAAUAUAUUUAUGUGUAUCUUUUCGAUUAUUUGUCUCUUUUAUCUUAUUUAUGUAUACAUUUUGGUUGGUUUAUACGUAUUUUUUUGCUUCCUUCACCUGUACAUGUCUUUAUGACUCAGUGAUUGUAUUCAUACAUUGUUUGAUCUUAUUGAACAUUUAUAUAGAAAAAAAUCCACAGUUUUAACACCAUCUGUGGACUUUCGGACGGUCCUUUUCCCACCAUAGGCACAUUUUCCAACUUAUAUCAAUGUUAAAUUAGCGAUCUGGAACGAUUUCAUCAUGACGCCAUCUGACCAGUUAAAUACGGUACAAAUCGCGUCCCGUAUUGAUUCAAUACGGGACACAUUAUUUUAUCUUUAAAUACGGGACGAUCCCGUAUUUUACAGGACAGGUGGCGACCCUAAUUUUACCUGAUGUAGUUGGGAGGUCAUAUUUUUUUGGGUGGGGUUUAGUUCACUUUGUGUUUAAAGGUUUCCAAAAUGUUCUGUCUAGGUGUUUGGGUCACAGAUGGGAAUUUGUUCUUCUUUUUUGGACUUUAAUUUAAAUUGUUCCAUAAUUCCCAGAAUACAUUUUGAUCAGUCUUGUUGAGCUUUGUUGUCAUAUGUUCAGCUCUUUUGCUUUUUAGCAGUGACUUGUACUUUUUAAGAAUUUGUUGAUAAGUGGCACGUGUUCUUUUCUUGACAUUUGACAUUCUUUGUCAAACCAGUCAGUUUUAACAAUUUUCUUUUUACCCCUGUUCAUUUAGAUUUUUUUCAAUGAUUUGCUGGCAAUUGUGAAAAAGAUUUUAUUUAAUUGUUUUUUUGCCAUAUUGAUGCUUUUCUCAUCUUCUCCAAAUGUGGUGAAGAGAACCGCAUCUAUCAUGUUCUCAACCUGAGUGCUGUUGAGUUCAGCUUCAUGCUGGGCUGGACUGUCUUUUCUCCAGAAGAAUCUGAUUGGGAGGGAUUUAGACUUCUAAUCUGAAGAUGGUAGAAGACUGGCUGACUUAUUCAGACUAAUGAAAAUGUGACAGUGGUCUGAGAAAGGUAGCUGUGGCAUCACUGUAAAAUAAUUUAUCUUGUUUUGGUCUAGAUCUGUGAUGGCAUAGUCCACUGUGCUGCUGCCUAGAGAGGAGCAGUAGGUAAAUCGACCCAGAGGAUCACCCUUUGUUCUGCCAUUAACUAGACAGAGACCCAUACUUUUACACAGCUGCAGAAUUUGCUUUCCAUUUUUGUUUAUCAUGUUGUCAUAGCUCAGAUGUGGUUUAGAAGGACGUUUGUUUUAUUGUAUAUUUGUAUUAUUAAUAAUAAACUUAUCACCAAAUGAA